GGCAACACCGGACCUUAUUACAAUGGUGGAGGCAGUGGAGGCGGAGGCGGAUAUUUACCCAGCGGGAGUCAAGACAGUGGAGGGGAGGGUAAGAAACACGGCUAUUCGUUGCGACCUGUAACGAUCAUGCAAAUCCAUGAUGCUGUCCAAUCCCACGCGGACGCUGAGUUUUCUUUCGAAGGAGUUGAACCAACACAAAUCGUCAUUGUGGCAAUGGUCCUCUCCUCGAUCAUCCAAACCACCCACCAUGUCUACACAGUCUACGACGGUACAGGCCGCAUCGAAGCCCGCAGAUGGAUCGAGUCAAACGAGGACCGAGACCCGCUCAAUCCAAGCAUCGAGGACAACUCCUGGGUCCGUAUCAUCGGACACGUAAAAUCUUUCAACAACAAAAGAACCAUAAACGCGCUCGUCGUUAUUCCCAUAGCGAAAGACAUCCAUGAUCCAAGUAAAGACAUGAAUGAAGUUUAUUAUCACCACAUCGAUGCGCUUUACACUCACUUGUACUCGAAAUAUGGACCUUCCCCUUCAAUGUUAGGUCCCGGGGCGUCAGCAGCAGCAGGCGAUAAAACCAGCACAGCUAGGGGCGUUCCAUCUCAAUAUUCAGCCGCAGCGAACCCCUCGUCCUCGCUGAGCGGAGACUUCUAUAAAGACUUCAGCGAUGCCGGUAGACUCGUUCACUUAUGGAUGAAAGCCAAUGCCGCGAAUGCCUCCGAGGAUGGGAUUAGCUUCCUGGAUAUCGCCAAGGGUAUCAGGGGUCAACUGCCAACACAAGGUAGUACUGAUGUGGCACAACAAAUUAGCGAGGCGAUCGAUUGGUUGACGGAGAAUGGUCACAUCUAUGCAACCACAGACGAGGUCUGCUAUAUUUCCCAAGACUUGGGGUCGGUUGGACUAACAACUUCCACUACAGAACCAUUAUGCGCUUGCUUGAAACUUUUGCAUCGUUUUCCCUAG